UGAAACGAUAACAGCAAUGAAGACAAGAAUUUUUUCAUUCGUAUUUGGAGUUUUAUUUUUAUAUAGUGCAAAUGGUCAUAGAUAUCACAGCUACCGCAGAUAUGGGAGGCACCACGUGAAACAUCGACCAAUUAAACCAGAAGGGUCGUUACUUCCAAUAAAUCCACCUGUAAACAUAUGUCCACCGCUUGUUUGUCCAUUGAUUGAUAUUCCUAACGAAUGUCGAAAGGAAAUAUAUACUAAUGUUUAUGGAGUACUUUGCAGAGGAUGUGACAAAAAUAUAUGCGAAAAUAAUAAAAUAGUUCCAGACAUUACAAAAAUUCAACCGGACAAUGGACCAAGUAGAGGUGACAUUCCUAAAGUUCCAAAGUUUUUAAAUCAAAUGACCGGUAAACUAAGUGGAAAUUGGCUCAAUGCAAAUCUUAAUCCAAAGCCUGUAUAUAUACCAAAUAAUCAAUUCCAAAGCAAUAACAACAUUCAAUUGCAAAACAAUUUACCGGUGUGGCAAAAUAAUUUGCCUGUUAACACGCAGUGGACAAAUAAUGGGCCUCUGGAUACACAAUGGCAGAAUAAUGUUCCAGCAAAUAUCCAAUGGAAAGACAAUGUACCAAUCAACUCUCAGUGGCAGAAUUCAGUACCAAUGAACAACCAGUGGCAAAAUAAUGGAGCUGGCAACAGUCUAUGGCAAAAUAAUGGAGCUGGCAACAGUUUAUGGCAAAAUAAUGGAGCUGGCAACAGUUUAUGGCAAAAUAAUGGAGCUGGCAACAGUCUAUGGCAAAACACUGGAGCAGUAAAUACACAAUGGCAAAAUACUCUGCCCAAUAGUCAAUCGCAGAUCACACUGCCGAUCAAUCAAAAUAACAACAUACAAUUUCCUGUUAAUAAUCAAUGGCAAAGUGCGCCUGUUUUUAGACAACAACCCAACACACUUACUGUACUAGGAACUGUAGUGCAAGGUUUGCCGUCUUCAAACACACCGCUGGUACGUGGAUCUUUCCAAGCACCAAACCAAUUGCAAGCUGUACCACAAUUCAAUCAGAACCCAUCAGGUAGUUCUUUGCCUGUUUUCAGAAACAACCAACAGAUAGGGACUCCAAUAUCUGGUCUACCUAUUCAACUUACAGGAAAAGCCGUCAAUUCGGUCCCGAUUCGAAAAGAAAGUGAUCAAAAUGGGAAAACAGUUGAAUCAGCUCCCGUACUUAUAAAAACUAGCGAAAAUCUUGGAUUUACCAAUCCACUAUACGAUGAAUUACCGUUCGUUAAAACUAUUGACAGUCUAAAUAGUAAAGUAUAUGAUGCGAAUACACCCGAAGCUUUAAGCACCAAAGCUGUAAAUUCAGUUGUCGGGAUGUAACCUAUAAAGUUAACCAAAAUGUCAUAGUAGUGCUUAGUUCUUACAGAAAUCCAAAUGUUUUAAAAUAUCGAUAGUGAACCAUAUUUAAUGUAAAACUUUUCUAUUAUUUAUAAUAAAAUUAGUUAAAAAUGUGAA